AUGGACAAGAAGAUCUUGAAGUUUGAGGAAGAGAUAAAAAAGAUUGAUGACUUGGUAAGUACUGGAGUGUAUGAUGCAACUAUAGAGGCUAGAAGGAAGGCGUUAGUCACCUGUUGUGAGAGAUGGUAUGUGAGGAAAGAAAUUUACUGGAAGCAAAUGUCUCAAUCUCGGCAAGCAAAGGAAAUUGAUAGAAACACAAGAUACUUCCACAAUAUAGCAUUGGCAAGAAGGCGGAAUAAUCAGAUUGAUGCUUUGGUAGUCAACGGAAGACUGGUUAGGAACCAAGCUAGAAUUAAAAUAGCUAUAAGAGAGUUUUAUAAAGAUCUAUAUUAUCAGGAGAGUUCUCCUUUGCUGGGGUUCAGAGAUGGUCUGGUGGCUAAGAUAGCUGAGGAAGAGUCUAUGUUUCUGGAGGCGAUGCCAUCAGCUGAGGAAAUCAAGCAGGCAGUGUGGGAUUGUGAGUCUUUGAAGGCGCCAGGGUGUGAUGGGUUCAACAUGAAUUUCAUUAAGCGGUGCUGGGAGGAGAUUGGGGAAGAAUUUAUGGGAGCAGAUGAUGAGAGCAGUGAUAGAAAAAUUCAUGACGGGGCUCUCAUAGCGUGUGAAACAGUACACUGGCUUAAAAGGAGAAAAGAAGAGGCAGCCAUAAUCAAGUUGGACUUCCAAAAGGCAUAUGACAGAGUGAAGUGGAGUUUUGUGGAUAUUGUGCUGGAGAAGAUGGGGUUUGGGCGAAGGUGGAUGGCUUGGGUUAUGGAGUUUAUGACCACAUCUUCGAUGUCGGUUUUGAUUAAUGGAUCGCCGUCUGAACCGUUUAAAAUGGAACGGGGCUUGAGACAAGGUGACCCACUUUCUUCUUUCUUGUUUGUGCUGGUUGUCGAUAUACUGCAUAGGAUGAUUGGUGAGGCGGUCAGGAACGGGCGUAUUUCUCCUUUGCUAGUUGGUCGAGACAGUGUGGAGCUUUCACACCUUCAGUUUGCUGAUGAUACCAUUCUGUUCUGCCCACCAGAAGAUGAGACUAUGCGGAAUUAUUAG